AUGGAUGACGUAGAGAUGGAUGACAUAGAGAUAGACGGCUCAAAAACUUUCGUUGAUGUUGAUUCAUAUCAAAUGUUACAUGACAUGUAUAAAGGUCAAACAUCAAAAAGAACAAUUGAUGAUAUUGGGGAAAAUUAUUCUAGUGAGGAGCCAAAUGAGGAAGAAAAAAAGUUCUUUCGGUUGCUAGAAGAUGCUGAGACUGAUUUGUACCCUGGUUGUGAUAACUUCUCAAAGUUGUCAUUCAUUACUAGGUUGUUUGAAAUAAAAUGCAAUGGUGGAUGGAGUAAUGCUUUCUUUGACCUUUUACUUGACUUGUUAGUGGAUGCUUUUCCGAAGGGUAAUACAAUUCCCAAGUCAUGUUAUGAAACUCAAAAGACAAUUCGACAAUUGGGACUCGAGUAUGUGAAGAUCAAUACUUGUGUUAAUGACUGCAUUCUAUUUUAUGAUAGGUAUGUCAACGCUGACCGUUGUCCUACAUGUGGUGAAUUGAGAUGGAAAGCAGAUGUGGAAUUGGGAGAUGGUGACGUGGUCUCAUCUGAUUGUAAACGCAAGAAAGUACCUCAUAAAAUUCUUUGCUACUUUCCUUUAAAACCAAGAUUGAAGCGUUUGUUUAUGUGUGAACAAGUCGCUAGAGAUAUGAGAUGGCAUAAGGAAGGACGUAAGGAGGAUGGAGUAUUACGACAUCCAGCUGAUUCAUUGGCAUGGAAAAACUUUGAUGAGAAACAUGAUGAUUUGAAGCGACCUUUUUCUAUUAUGUCAACUAUUAUACAUGGUCCAAAGUCUCCUAGAAAUGACAUUGAUCUGUUCUAUGGACAAUCCAUGACUUUCCAGGGUACGUUGUUAUGUAUGGAUGGAGCACAAAAGGAGAAUUGGAAUGCCCAUGUUGUCACCAACACACUUGGUCUUGAAACUUUUGGCAAGGAUACAAAGAAGAGAAAAUGGGAGAAAGCAAAAGAGAAACCAAAGCCUUUAUCCGGGGAGGAUGUUCUUAAGCAACUAUCGAGCUUUGACCAAGUUAUAUUUGGGAAGCUUACUAGAAAGAGAAAAACAGAUGAAGACAGAAAUGACAAUUGGAAAAAGAAGAGUGUCUUUUUCCAACUUCCUUAUUGGAAGACUCUUUUAUUACGACAUAACUUGGAUGUCAUGCAUAUUGAAAAGAAUAUAUGUGAGAGUCUCUUAAACACAUUGAUGAAUGUAGAUGGGAAGACAAAAGACAAUGUGAAUGCUCGCCUUGAUCUUGAAGAUAUGAAUAUCAGUAAGGAACUUCAUCUCCAAAAAAACAAGAGAUAA